AUGGCCGUCUAGUCCGAGAGCGUUGCGUUAGAGUGACGCCGUGCGCCUCCGACGGUCUCAACGGGAAACCAGUUCAGUUAACGAUUUUGCUCCAUCCUGGUUCAGUGGUCAUCUUCGGUGGUGUUCAGUUCAGUGUCUUCUCGUCCGAAGUAUCACCGUCAAAUCCAACCAAAUACGCUUCGCUCGAUUCUGUGUAAUGGAGCCUGUAACAAUCUAAUCGAACAAUUCAUCAGGAACUACUGUCAUCUAAAAACAAUCGAAGAUCAUGAAAAUGGUGUUGUCUCAACGUCAGAGGGAGGAGCUGAACAAGGCAGUAGCCGAUUACUUAAGUAGCAAUGGUUACAUGACAGCACUCGAAGGCCUCAAGAAAGACGCUGAUAUUCCAGGCGAAGUCGAAAGAAAGUACGGAGGGUUGUUAGAAAAGAAAUGGACCUCUGUUAUACGUCUUCAAAAGAAGAUAAUGGAAUUAGAAUCCAAGCUUUCAGAGGCCGAGAAAGAAUUCAUCGAGGGGGCACCUACACGAGAAAAAAGAUCUCCAGUCGAGUGGAUCCCACGGCCGCCGGAAAAAUUUAUGCUUAAGGGGCAUAGGGCACCAGUCACAAAGGUUAUUUUCCAUCCGGUGUUCAGCCUUGCUGUAUCUGCUAGUGAAGAUUCAUCGAUUAAGGUUUGGGAUUUUGAGACUGGAGAAUACGAACGAUCACUGAGAGGGCACACUGAUUCAGUGCAGGACAUUGCUUUGGACAGCAAUGGAAAAUUAUUAGUGUCUUGCAGUGCAGAUAUGUCGAUCAAGCUCUGGGAGUUCCAGCAGAGCUAUCAAUGUUUGAAGACACUAAGAGGGCAUGAACACAAUGUAACUAGUGUUACUUUCGUUCCGUCGGGCGACUACAUCAUGUCUGCAUCAAGGGACAAGACUAUUAAAAUGUGGGAGGUUGUAUCAGGGUAUUGCAUCAAAACAUUUACGGGGCAUAAAGAAUGGGUCAGGCAAGUUAGAGUUUCAGACGACGGCACAUUAGUUGCUUCUUGCUCUAAUGAUCAUACUAUUAGGGUUUGGUUAGUUUCUUCAAAAGAUUGUAAGGCUGAGCUUCGAGGCCAUGAACAUGUUGUGGAAUGCAUCGCCUGGGCACCCAAAUGUUCUUAUUCAGCUAUUAAUGAAGCUGCCGGAGCGGAUAACAAGAAAGGGUCUUUCGAAGGCCCAUUUCUUGUGUCAGGUUCAAGAGAUAAAACAUUGAAGGUCUGGGAUGUUAGUCGGGGAAUCUGUCUAUUUACUUUGGAAGGGCAUGACAACUGGAUCCGAGGUGUAGUAUUCCACCCGCAUGGAACAUACAUUGUUUCUGCAUCAGAUGACAAAUCUCUGAGGGUUUGGGAUAUUCGUAACAAGCGCUGUGCCAAGAAACUGGAAGCUCAUCCUCAUUUUUGCACUUGCUUAGAUUUCCACAAAAACCAUCCGUACGUAGUGUCUGGUAGUGUUGAUCAAACAAUUAAAGUAUGGGAAUGCCGUUAAAAGGUAUAUGAUUGCACUGACUGUCCAUUCUGCCUCGACUGCUAAUAAAAAGCAUGGAGAUCACCAAUACUAGUCUGUCAGCAUUUAUGAUCAUUAAAUAGAAAUAAGAGAUUUAAAUUGGUUCAAGUUAUUAAAUGUCGACUUGGUUUUUUAAAUCAGAAAUCAAUUUGUAGUUCUAUACUAAUCAUUAAUUUGUGUAAUUAUGUUAAGGGGCAGAGUGGGCACUCGGUUUACCCCACGGAUAACUAUCAUUUGUACAUUUUCUAUUUAAUUUGGAUGAAUUAGUAAAAAAUUAAUUUGGUUCUAGGAUGUUAUUAAGACCUUACUAUAUCGCCUGUUAUUUAUGAAACAGUUUGUUUGUGUCUAAAUCACUUUCUGCCUACUGCAAUAUGCCAAGAGCCUCAAUUGUAACUAUGAGCAUUCAGUGCCAUUGCGAAUUCCCAUUUGUAGAAACAACACAAAUAAACUGGCAUCCAAAUUAUAUACUCAAGUAGCUGUAAUAUGUACAUUCAUAAUAAAUUAUUUAUACAUGUUGUCAUAAUUUUAAGUUGUGAUGUGGAAUAUUUAAUUUUAGGAUUUUUUUUUUUCAAAAUGUAAAUAUUUGUGGAAUAUCGCACAUCUCGAAUUUUAUUUUUUACUACCCUUUUCUUUAUGGAUUGAAAUCCUUUUUAACAAUUUUUUUUAAAAGAAUGUUUUUUCAGCACUCAGUGUUUUCACUAUUAUUACAUAACAUAAUAUAAGAAAAUCUUGUCAGUAGUGAUUGUCACUUCUCUGAUAUUCCUUGGUAUUGAACUUUUAAAAUGACAGUGUAAUAUUAUUUUAUAAAAUUCAGUUGGUGAAAUUUACACUUUUAAUUUUACUUUGGCAAUUUUAGAAUGGUGUCUUUAGAAACACAAAAAAAACGCAUGUUAUCUUAUAUAUUCAAACUAGGAGUUAUUGUAGAAAUAAUUUUAGAAAAAUGUUUCUCGAUAUUUGACAUUUUAUUUAGCUUCUGCUUUAUCAGCAAAGAAACAGCCCAUUUUAAGAAAUAAAUUAAAAAAUAGAAGAAAAAAAAGGUUAAACGGCUAGUUACAAAUUAACAAUCAAUGUGUAUUUCAUUCAUUCAUUAGUCCAGUAAUCCACCUGUUUAAAUAUGUCAUACAUAUAUUUUUAUGCAUAAUAUACUAUUAUGUAUGCUGCUUGUUAUAA